CAAGUGGCCACUCUGUCCAGAGUGUUAAACCUUAAUGACACUGAACAAGACCUACUUGCAGACUUUCUGGGACAUGAUAUCAGAGUACAUAGAAAGUUCUAUCGGCAAGGUACUGAUGGCCUGUGAACAAGGCAGACUGGCAGACUUUAAAGGGAAAAGUCUUGACCAGAUCUCUAUCAGCCCCCAAGAUGGAACAGAAGCUCUUGAAGAAAGCUCUGGGUUGUCAUCUGAAGAUGAAGAGCAAAAAGAUAAUCCAACAGUCGGAGAAGAAGAGGGCACCUCAAAGGAGCAGCUUGAAGAUGAGCAAAGCUCAGAAGAGUUGUCGGUGACUGAAGACAGAGGGAGCACCCCAAAGCACCUUCAACAAAACAGGGCCUUGAGAGGAAGAGCCUCAGUAGCCAGAGGGAAAAAGGACACCUCGACUCAACAUCAGGAGGAAGAGAAAAGCUCAGAAGAAGAGUUAUCGGUGACAAAAGACAGACAGAGUACCUCAAAGCGGCAGUUCGGACGAAAAAGAGCCUCUAGAGGUAACAACACAGAGACUCUGACAUUAUUAUUGCAGACUACACAACAAUAUGUUAUUUUUUGCAGAAUGUGA